AUGAGUGAAAACAACGAGAAUAAAAAACAAAUUCGUGUGUGGUGCGAUGGGUGUUAUGACAUGGUACAUUUUGGUCACGCAAAUUCGCUGAGACAGGCUAAAGCAUUGGGUGAUGUGCUGAUCGUGGGAGUACACACAGAUGAAGAGAUCUCGAAGCACAAAGGUCCACCAGUGUUUACUCAAGAAGAACGGUACAAAAUGGUGCGUGCCAUCAAGUGGGUUGACCAGGUGGUGGAAGGUGCACCCUAUGUCACCACACUCGAGACUCUGGACAAGUACCAGUGUGAUUUUUGUGUACAUGGAGAUGAUAUAACAGUGACUGCAGAUGGAAUUGAUACAUAUCAUUUGGUGAAAAAAGCUGGUCGCUACAGAGAAGUGCAGAGGACGGCCGGUGUUUCUACUACAGAUCUUGUAGGACGCAUGCUUCUUCUAACCAGAGAACAUUUCAAGAGAGGUGACAAAGAGUACUCGGUGGCUUUGGAGCACUCCUCGAACCUCGGCACUGACUCCACGGCUCGGUCGCCGUACACCGGCUGCUCACAGUUUCUGCCCACUACACAGAAAAUUAUACAGUUCAGCAGUGGUCUCUCACCCAAACCCACUGAUAAGGUAGUAUACGUAGCUGGUGCUUUUGAUCUCUUCCACGUCGGCCACUUGGACUUCCUGGAGGCAGCACAUGCUCAGGGAGACUUCCUUAUCGUGGGCCUACACACUGACCUUGAAGUGAACCGCUACAAAGGAUCCAAUUACCCUAUCAUGAACUUACAUGAACGGGUCCUCUCAGUACUGGCUUGUAAGUAUGUUCAUGAAGUAGUAAUUGGUGCACCGUACAGCGUCACAGCCGAGCUCAUGGACCACUUUCGUGUAAAGGUGGUCUGCCACGGUCUCACAACGAUAGCUACAGACGCAGAUGGAUCUGACCCUUACAAAGUACCCAAACAACGCGGCUGCUUCAAGAUACUAAAUUCUGGCAACACCAUGACAACAGAUGAUAUCGUUCAAAGAAUAAUACGCCAUCGACUUGAAUUUGAAUUACGGAACACACGUAAAGAACAAAAAGAAUUGGCAAUAACGAAAACAUUGAAAAAAGAGGCACAUGUCAAACAAAACGGUAACUGUGAAGCCAUAAACGCAAGCUAA